AGGUUUUCGAUUUUCUCGGGCAAAGAAGAACAACGCAGAGAGAGAGAGAGAUUUGAAAGGAUGAAUCCAUUGACGCAGGUGAAGCUAACACAGAGUAUAAACGCUAAGGAAUUGGAUUUAGGGAUCUCCAACGAAGCUUCAUGGCACGCUGAGUACAAAAAUUCUGCCUAUGUCUACGCCGGAUUGAUACCGUACGAUCUCACCGAAGGUGAUCUCCUCGCCGUCUUCUCACAAUAUGGUGAAGUUGUUGAUGUCAAUCUGAUUCGAGACAAGGCAACUGGUAAAUCUAGGGGUUUUGCGUUUCUUGCGUAUGAAGAUCAGAGGAGUACCAUUCUUGCUGUUGAUAAUUUGAAUGGAGCUAACUUGUUGGGGAGGACCAUUAGGGUGAAUCAUUGUGGCAAAUACGUUAAGCGAGAAGAAGAGGAUGAAGAGACGCAACGCCAGAAUAGAGAGGCUCGUGGUGUAUGCAGAGCUUUUCAGAGGGGAGAGUGUACUCGUGGUGAUUCUUGCAAAUUUUCCCAUGAUGAGAAAAGAGCUGCAAAUACUGGUUGGGGUCAUGAAGAGGAUAGAAGUUCCAGGUGGGAUCAUGACAAGUUUAAUGGUGCCAAAAAGGGUGGUACAAGUUUUGGCCAGCGAGGAGACUUCAAACCUGAUGCGGAAGAGAAAGGUUACAGAGAAAAGGGUCAUGGAGAUACUUCGUAUGGUCGCCCUAAAGAGAGAGAGAGAAUGGAUAGGGAUGAUAGGGAGCCAAGGUAUGAUAGGAGGGAACAAAAGAGAUCAGGACAGCAUGAUGAUUCGCAAUCGAGAAGACACAAUGCUGAUAUUGAUCACGUAAGGGAGGACAAGAGAUCCAGAACAGAUGAUCGGGAGAAACUGAAGUCGGAAUCCAGAAGAGAUCAUUAUCACAGGGAGGAAAAAGGUUCAAGUAGGCAAUCAGAAACAUCCACAAGGCAAGAUAGGGAUUUUUCAAGAAGGGAAGAUCGCCGUCGUUAAAGGGGUAGAUAGUGGUAUGCAUACAAAAUGGUUUUGUCAGUUGUAGCUAGAUUCAGAUGGGAAUGAGCGUUGUUGUUCUUUCCAAGAGAGUUAUCCUUGGGUUAUAUAAACCUGCUUCAUUCUGUAACUGUCACUCUAUAUUUGUCAUGUCAUGAUACUUGUUGAUUUACUGUUUGGAAUGAAAGAAGUCGUUAUAUCCUUUUUGGUACA